AUGGGCGCGGAAGCAGCAGCCACUGCGGCCUUGUCGCGGGAGCGCAGCGGCAACGCAACGGCGAGGUCGAGCGAGUCCGUGAUGCAGGCAGCUGUGGCGGCGGUGACGAGCGCGGAGGCAGAGUCGGACGCGGUGAGAGCAAGCUUGUUCAGCAGCACCGCUGCCGGCGGGCAUCUUGAGCGAAGCAUCUUGUGCAGCAGCGACGCUGGUGAUUGGCUCGACGGAGCUCGAGCGAAGCGAAAGGGCAAAAAGCAGGCCAACGAGCAUCUUGGGCUCGGCCAUAUCUCCUCUAGGCAACGUCGUUGUUGGGCCGAGGCCCAGUGCGUGAAGGGGUGUAGUGUCUGGGAGAAACUGUGUACCAUCCGAUUCUACUGA